AUGCCUAGCAGAGAUUCAAAACGUAAUCAACAUGAUAAUUAUAAUACAUAUGGAUAUGCCAAUCAACGAGGCGGCGGCGGCGGCGGUGGUGCACCACGGAAUCAUGUAGUACCAACUGAACCUCCGUUUACAGCUUAUAUUGGUAAUGCACCUGAUACAAUGGUUCAAGGUGAUUUUGAAAAUCAUUUAUUUGUUGGAUUAAAAAUUAAACAAGUUCGAUUAGUACGUGAUCGACAAACCGAUCGAUUUCGAGGUUUUGCUUAUGUUGAUUUUGACGAUGCAGAAUCAUUACGUCGUGCUAUUGAAUUAGAUGGAACAUGUAUUAAUGAUCGUUCAAUUCGUAUUGAUGUUGCGGCUCGACCAUUAGGUGCAAUAAAAUCUGAAGGAUUUCGAAAUAAACCUGGUUUUGAAUCACGUGAUGGUCGUCGUCAUCCAUCAGGAAAUAGUAAUAAUGGAUUACAUCAAGGUGGCCGAAAUACUAAUAAUUAUCGUCAACAAGAAGUUUCCGAAAAUGUUGAAGAAGGUUAUACUGAUGGAUAUUAUACUGAACGUCCACGUCGUACAUCAGGUUCAGGUAGAACUAAUGAACGUCGUAAUAGUCAUACUCAACAGAAUAAAACUCCACCACGUAAAGCUUCGAAUGAUGAUGUUUUUGUUGCACCUGAUACUCCAACAUCGAAUGAAGAUGGUACUGAUCAUGGAAGUACAACAAUAGUUCGACAACAAAGUCGUAAUUGGGCUGAUUGCCCAAUUGAUGAAACUGUUACUGAACCAUCACCACCACCAAGUGCUACUAAUGCAUAUGGCGGUGAUGAUUUUCAAGUUGUUCGCAAUAAAAAUCCUAAACCACGUACAAAUCAACAGUCAUCAUCACGUCCAAUGAGUGGUAAUCAAUCCGUUCGUGGUCGUAAUAAUGGAAAUUAUCACCGUGGUGGAGGAGCACCACAAAUGUCAGGUGGACGCGGUUAUUACAAUCAAUUUUCACCUCAAUAUUCUAAUCAAGCGCAACAAUUUUAUCAUCAUCAACAAGCACCUCCUCCUCCACUUCACAUGGGUUUGUCAUAUCAUGUGAAUAAUAAUAAUAACAAUACGAAUACUAAUCGACAACGAUUAAAUUCCAAUCGGUCAAAUAAUAGUCGAAGUUAUCCUGAUAAUAGUGGACGUAUCCGAAAGGGAAAUAGUGAAACUUUACCGGAUGUUGAUAAUAGUUCUGUAGCAGCUGAAAAUCGACCACGUUUACAAUUAUUACCUCGUUCACAAAAACUUUCAUCAUCAACCGAUGAUAAUCCAACACCGGAACCAGGCGCAAGAAAUUCAAAUAUUUUUGGUGUUGGUAAACCACGUGAUGAGCGUGAUCCAAAAAUUGCUGAAUUAGAAAAACAUAUUGAGGAAGUUGUUGAAAAAGAACAACAUGUUCCUCGAACUAAAUCAACUGCAUCUAAUGAAUCGACAGAUGGUGUCAUCAAGCCGGUGCGAAUUUUAACGGCAGCAACUGCAUCGAUAGUUGAUCAUUAA